UCUUCAACUUCCCUGAUAAAGUAAAGCGGUAGACGCUUGAAGUGUACGAGCAAGAAACCACUCCUAAAUUAAUCGCAGUUACUAACCCCAGAAUUAUCUCCUUUUGGGGAGAUAAAUAUUAAGUUCAUCAUAGUUUGAACUGGAUUCAUAGCUCUAUAUUUAGCUGCUCACAGAUCGAUCUAACGUUUGUUCUCAUCGCGUUGUUUGGAUUUUAAAGUGGACGUUUUGAGUGGUGAACGCGGUGAAACAUUUCCAUUGUCCUUUGAAGUCCAACACGCAUCCCAGCUAAAACCAUGCCAUUCCCCUUUGGGAAGUCUCAGAAGAGCCCUGCAGAGAUUGUGAAGAGUCUGAAGGAGAAUGUGGCAUACUUGGAGAAGCUAGAAUCAUCUGAAAGCAAGAAGUGUGAAAAGGUUGCAGAGGAAGUAUCAAAAAAUCUUGCAUCGUUGAAAGAGGUGCUGUCUGGCACUGGAGACAAGGAGCCUCAGACUGAGGCAGUGGCCCAACUGGCUCAAGAGCUCUAUAACACCAACCUCCUCAUUUCUCUAAUAGCAAAUCUACAGAGGAUUGAUUUUGAGGGAAAGAAGGAUGUGGUGCAUCUGUUUAGCAACAUAGUACGUCGGCAGAUUGGCGCUCGCACCCCAACUGUGGAGUACAUCUCUUCCCACUCACAGAUACUCUUUAUGCUGCUGAAAGGCAGCUAUGAAACCCCAGAAGUGGCCCUUAACUGUGGCAUGAUGCUGAGGGAAUGUCUGCGUCAUGAACCUCUGGCCCGAAUCGUCCUGUUCUCUGAGGAUUUCUUCUGCUUCUUUCGCUAUGUGGAGCUAUCUACCUUUGACAUUGCCUCUGAUGCUUUUGCCUCUUUUAAGGAUCUCCUGACAAGACACAAGAUCAUGUGUGCAGAUUUCUUGGAGACAAAUUAUGACAGAGUGUUCACAGAGUAUGAAAAGCUGCUGCAUUCUGAGAACUAUGUCACCAAGCGCCAGUCUCUGAAGCUUUUGGGAGAGCUACUGCUGGACAGACACAACUUCACAGUCAUGACCAAAUACAUCAGUCGAGCUGAGAACCUAAAGCUGAUGAUGAACAUGUUGAGAGACAACAGCCGCAACAUCCAAUUUGAAGCCUUCCAUGUCUUUAAGGUGUUUGUGGCCAACCCCAAUAAGACACAGCCUGUCCUGGACAUCCUCAUCAAGAAUCAGUCCAAGUUGGUGGACUUCCUGAGCCACUUUCAAACGGACCGUUCUGAAGACGAGCAGUUCUGCGAUGAGAAGAAUUAUCUCAUUAAGCAGAUCCGGGAUAUCAAACGGCCUGCACCUGCAGAGGAGUCCUAAUGGAAAAACGUUGAGUGUAGAACCAGGGAGCUCGCCUAGUGAUGUGGUUUGAUUAUGUGGGUGAGAAUUGGAUGGGAGGGACAACUAAAGUCAAAGAAAGAAAGGCAUCACUUGGACUAAAUAUAUUUACAUCCAACUUCUGAAACAGAUGGAGAAAUGCUGUCAGAAUGUGCAAACACAUGCCUGCCCCUUUACUUGGGGCGAGCAGGGUUUUGGAUCAAAUAAAACCCAAGCUCUCCAUUUAAACCUAUAUAUAUACUUUUAGCACUGCCCUUACAAAGGAAGUACAAUUGAUUUACCUUCAGACGGUAAAUCGUAGAUUAAAACGUUUAUCCAAAUUCAUCUGAAUGAGAAGUAUUUCUAAAGCCUGCUCAGGGCUUUUUAACAUUUUUAAUUACGUUAGAACAAGUAUAUUGGUACAAGGUAUGGCUCUGCAUAUUUGCACUAAAUCUGGUAGCUUUGCUCCAGGUUGGCCAUUAGUGCCAGUUCAUCCUCUUAGCACAAGAAAACCAAAUAUUAACAAAUGCAUUAAAAAUGUAAAACGGUAGGUCAUAAAUACAGGACAUUAUGGGGCCUUCUUUAAAUACACAAACACAAAUUCACCAGGACAUUCUCAGAUUUAUAUUAGUUAAGGGACAUUAAAGCAUUUUAAAAGCCAGAAAAUGUCAUGUGGUCAAGCGAAACCUUUAUCUUUGAAAAAGUAGCCCGUGGAGUUUAGUGGUCAUGUUGGAUGCUGCACUCAAUUUCCAUUUUAACUGGGUGCCUUAUUUAAAUAGCUUGGUCAUUCUGGGUCUUCUAUUACAUUUUAUAUUUAUCUAUAACAAUGGAUUUGUAGUAAUAUUCUGCUUUUGCUUGGGUUAACACAUUAGGAGAACUAGUUUCCUUUAAAUUACUACUAAAAAAAAAAAAAUUAUGACAUUUAAAAAAAAAACAAUACUCAUUUAUAGACGUUUUCUCAGUUUAGAUGAAAAAUGCAAUGAAUAAUUCAGGGUUCAUAGACUUCAGCAAUGGUGAAAUACAUGGUACACAAUUACAGUGCAAGACAUGAUAACUUCCACACACACACACACACACACACACACACACACACACACACACACACACACACACACACACACACACACACUGUAACAUUGAAAGGAUGUGAAAUGCUAGAGCUGGGGCUUGUUAUUCCUCAUGCCGAAUUUUGAUGGACAGCUUAGACAAGCCAAUUAAGCCUUUAAAACAUGGAUGCAAUAGGAAAGACCAUUUAACACAGUUUUUCGUGUCCUGCACUGUCAAACUUGAAUGAGCCAAAGCUGUGGUAACACGGUAUAUCUUAUGAUGCCUGACUAGACAUAGAAUUUGGUUCUCCUAUGGAUGGAUUGCACCUCUCAGUAUCUCUUGGAAGUUUUAGAUGAAAUGCAGAACAGGAUUCUACUGAAAGGUUCCACCAUUAGUCUUCAUACCUUUAAGUUGAAUAUAUUUUAUGUACUCUAUUUGCACAAGUUUCUUUCUCAUAUACCUCAGAUUUUAAAUUCCUAAGUGCUGUUUUUUCCCCUGCUUUGCUUCAGUAGAAUUUGUGGUAUCAGGUUCAUUACAUUAACGUUAGUAAAUGCAUUCGGUGUCAUGAACUUGCAUUUAUUAGUCUUGGUUAAUGUUAAUUUUUAAAUUACAUUUCAAGUUGCAUACAUGAACAUUUGUUUAUACAUAAUGAACAAUAGUGUAUUUAUUAAUAAUUAACAUUAACCUAGAUGAAUAAAAGCGCAUUAGGUAUCAUAAACAGUUAACAAACAAAUCACAAUUUAUUGUAAAGUGUUUCUGGUAUUAUUAUGGAUGUGGGGCGGUAGUUUGAAUUUUGCAAGCUAAAAUAAGACCUUACAACACAAAGUUGUGGUCUUGUAAUGCUGAAAUGGACCUGCAAGGGAAACAGUUUAAUUUUUGCAUUUCGCUAAUGGGUACAUAGGCUGUCACGAGUGUGAGGAGAGCACUUGCUGUGCUUGUGUAAAUGAGCCACACUCUAAAAGGUUUUUAAUGGAUUAAUCCAAAUGUCAAUGUGUUCUUGUGCUUUGACAUCGUUUCAGUCAGCUCGUCAGCGGAAGCAAAUGUUUUUUUGAAAGUGUAGAUUUGUGCUUUAUUUUAAGUAUUUAGGAGGUGAAGGGGAAAAACCUUCUGAGCUGCCUUUCUUGCUUUUAUAAACUGCACCAUGUGUGAAAUCACAAAGCCUUCAUGUUGAACAGUGACCUAGACUGAUUCACUUUUUGUUUCCCCAAAAGAUCUACAGCUAUCAAUAACCAAAUAUUUCCACCAUUUCAUUAAAUGUCACUUGAUACCACAAGUACAAGAAUGGGCGUUUAGCCAAAUGUGAUUAUUCCACAGACAGGGUUUUUAAGGAGGGUUUUUGUCCUUAAGCUCAUUUAAGCUUUGAGCCUUGAGAUUCUCCAUGCAAUGAUAGUGAUCUCUGACAAAGAGAUUCAAAUUAAUAUGUUAAAUCUAUGGUAAAUUAUUAUAUACACCUUUUAUUAUUUGCGGUUUGACUGAUAAAUGUUUGCUAGGCUUUUCAUUCAUUUCUCACACAUUUGAGUUUUGUCAUAUUUUCCACUGUGGGAGAGGAUUAUAUAUGUACAUAAAGUUUUAUUUUAAAAAAAAGAGUAAGUGUGAAGGCAUACUGAAAAUAAAAGAAACAAUGGCA